AUGUCGAAUUUGAGAGCGCUUAGUCGCCAGGAGCGUUUCUACUUAGACACAAUGACCAAUUUGAAACAAUACAUCGAGAAUUACAAUAGUAAUCGAGACAAGAAUCAACUGGAGGGAUGGAAGCAGCGAGUUGAAACACUUUAUCACGAUUUCCAAACGAAUCGACUUCAAAUUGAAGUAUCAUCAAGUGAGAAAGCUGAUGACGAUUCAGAGGAUGAAACUUUCAUCAAGAGUGAAGAGGUGAAUCGCAAUAUCCGACAACAAUUCGAAAAUGAUUAUAUUUACGCAUAUAGUUUUCUCGCCACCGAAUUACGUAAAACGAACGUGAUGCCAAAUAGUGUAGACCAAUCAAUAGUUUCUGCUGUCUCGUGUCCGCCGUCUUCUCCGCUUUCGCGAAUUAAGUUACCAGAAAUUCGACUUCCCACAUUCGAAGGUUCGGUCUCAGAGUGGAUAACUUUUAGAGAUACCUUCAAGUCGAUCAUAGAUGGGAAUAGCCAAUUGUCCCAAAUAGAUAAGUUUUCGUAUCUGGUGGCAUCUUUGGCGAAGGAUGCUAGGAAGGUGAUUGAAUCGGUCGAGCUCACCGCCGCUAACUAUUCAGUAGCGUGGAGUUUAUUGGAAUCAAGAUAUGACAAUAAAAAGCUCAUAGUGAAAACGUAUAUUGAAUCGCUGUUUGCGAUAGAAUCCAUGAGAAAGGAAAAUUAUGAAUCCCUCAUGCGAUUAAUAGAUGACUUUGAACGCAAUCUUUGCAUGAUCGAUAAAAUGGGUGUUCCAACAGAUGGCUGGAGUGUUAUCCUGGCUCACAUGGUAUGUGAUCGGCUAGAUGCCGCCACGCUUAGACAGUGGGAAACUCAUAAUAAAUCAAAUGAAGUUCCCACUUACGGAGAAUUAAUCGCAUUUCUUAAAACCCACCUUGCGGUUCUACAAUCGUUGCCAACAUCGAAUUCUCGUUACCAGGAGUCUCACAAGAUUGAACACAAACGAUCACUAAAAUCAAGGCUCAAUAACGUUUACACCAUCACCAAUCCAACGAAUUACACCUGCCCGUUUUGCUCCAAAUCUCCACACUCGCCAUUCAAAUGUGAAGUUUUUCUAAAAUUAUCGAUAUCGCAACGCUUUGAGAAUGUCAGGAGCAAAAACCUCUGCAUCAAUUGUCUAUCGCCUUCUCAUUUAGUUCGGAAUUGUACGUCCAGUUCAUGCAGAGUCUGUAAUCAAAAACACCACACCAUGCUUCACCAACCCUCCAGCGAUCGCUCACCUACUCAGUCGAAACCACCAACACCUCUCGUUCAGAAUAUCGCACCGACGAAUCAGAAAGCACAGGCUAAUUCUUCAAACCAAUACUCACAACAACGUUCCGUAUCGUCUUCGCUAACCCAAACGCCAUCAGCCUCUGCCACCGUCUCUAGCCUCGCUUCCACCACAAUGGUUGGAACAAAUCGGAAAGUUCCAGCAACAGUGUUACUACAAACAGCGAUAGUGAAGGUUUACAAUUCUAACGGUCAAAUGCAGUGGGCCAGAGCAUUGCUAGAUCCUGCUUCACAGUUGAGUCUCAUUACUGAGAACCUCGUUCAAAAGCUUAAGUUGCACCGCCAGCCCGAUCGUCAGGAGAUCGGUGGUGUAGGCAACUCAAUUAUCGUUUCACAUCAUACUGUCGUUGUUCGAAUGGGAUCCCACUGCACAGAAUUUGUUAUGAAUGAACCAUGUCAUGUUUUACGAAAAAUUACCCGUGAUCUACCAGCUAGAAAUAUCGACAUCUCGCUUUGGAAUCUUCCUCCACAUAUUGUCCUAGCAGAUCCAAAUUUCGAUACACCUGGACCGAUAGACAUACUCAUAGGUAUGGAAAAAUACUACGACUUAUUACUUGAUGGAUGCUCCAGAAUAUCUCCGGAAAAGGCGAUCCUUCAAAAUACGGUCCUCGGUUGGGUGGUAUCAGGGAAGGUUGGCAAUGACUCACAUCCGGCCCAGGCCCCCAUAGUGGCUCAUGUAUGCAGCAGCGAUGGGCUUGAUGAUCAGUUGUCCCGAUUUUGGGAAUUGGAAUCCUGCUGGUCUAACAGCACGCAUUCCGUCGAAGAAAAUUUGUGUGAAGAGCAUUUUGCAGCUACAACGUUUCGCACUAAUACUGGUCGAUUUGUGGUUACUCUUCCCAAACGACAUUCGGUACUAGCUAGUUUGGGUAACUGUGAAGAGAUAGCAACUAGAAGGUUCAUUGCCUUGGAAUGCCGACUUGAUACGCAGCCUGCGUUGAAAAAGGCGUACACAGCCUUCAUAGAUGAAUACCUCAAGUUGAAUCACAUGAGAGAAAUCACAAACGUAGAAAAAAUAAAAUCAUCUAAUCCUACCUAUUUCUUACCGCACCACGGUGUUGAAAAGACAGACAGUACUACCACCAAACUGAGGGUAGUUUUCGAUGCCUCUUGUCGGACAGAAACCGGAAUCUCGUUGAAUCAAGCUCUAAUGGUGGGUCCAGUCGUCCAAGACGAUCUGUUCUCCAUACUUCUCCGGUUUCGAGUACAUCGUUUCGCAAUCAUCGCAGACAUCGAAAAGAUGUAUCGCCAGAUACGUAUUCACUCUUCAGACUACCCACUUCAACAAAUACUAUGGCGGUCUUCGUCAACAGAGCCGCUACGCACUUUUCAACUAACAACGGUGACGUACGGAACAGCUUCAGCCCCGUACUUGGCCACCAAGUGUCUACAAGUAUUAUCGAACCAAAAUUCUGAAGAAUUUCCUCUAGCCGCUUCGGUCCUCGCUAAGGACUUUAACGUGGAUGACCUGUUGAGCGGAAUAGACGACGAAGAACAAGGAAAAACACUCUGCAAGGAUUUAAUAAAUGUGUUGCAGUCAGCCGGCUUCAGCUUACGUAAAUGGGCAUCAAACUCCGCCACCAUACUUUCCGAAAUUCCAUCGGAAUUGUACGACGAACGUUCGAUAUUCAACCUGGAUUCGAAUCCUCUACCCAUCAAAACUUUGGGUUUACAGUGGGAACCAUCCUCUGACAGAUUUCGCUACACUGUUCCUAAAUGGUCGCAACCAAAAUCCAUCUCGCGUCGUAUCGUUAUUUCGGAUGCAGCACGACUCUAUGAUCCCCUCGGUUUAAUUGGUCCUGUUGUAGUUCUCGCAAAAAUAUUUAUCCAAACACUUUGGCGAUCCUCCAAGAACUGGGACGAUCCUGUGGAUGAAGAUAAGCAGCGUUACUGGGUCGAAUUCCGCAACAAUUUGGAAGAUGUAUCUAGCAUUUCCGUACCCCGUUGGUUAAUCUGCAAUGACUCCCCAACGGUCAUCGAAAUUCACGGCUUCUGUGAUGCCUCCGAAAAGGCAUACGGAGCAUGUCUUUAUUUGAGAACCGAAUCAAUAAAUGGAAUUCGAUCAGUGUUGAUGACAGCCAAAUCUAAAGUAGCUCCUCUAGGAGAUUCAAAAAGGCAGAAACGAGUUUGCCUUCCAAGAUUGGAACUAUCGUCGGCUCUUUUAUUGAGUCACUUAUACCAUAAAAUCAAAUGCAGCUUACCACUGACUGCCAAAUCAUUUUUCUGGACUGACUCAAUGAUUACACUUCAUUGGCUUAAUGCCGUUCCCUCACGUUGGAAGACGUUCGUUGCAAAUCGGGUUUCAGAGGUGCAAAACCUAACAGCCGAUGGUAUCUGGUCGCACGUUCCCGGCAUCGACAAUCCUGCAGAUGUUAUAUCCCGUGGAAUGCAUGCGGCACAACUGAAGGACACUGCAUCCUGGUGGCAUGGUCCUGCCUGGUUGAGCCAAUCAUCUCGAUUUUGGCCCCCUCUGAACCACAAAACGAACAUAGAUCUACCCGCAGAAAUUCUCGAAGAAAAGCCAAUUGCUUUACACAUAAGCCAAUGUACUCCUAACGAAAUAUUUUAUCUUCGUUCAUCAUUCACGGCUCUAGUCCGUAUUAUAGCGUUUUUGAAUCGAUUCAUACAGAACUGUCGAACCAAGAUUCCCAUGAAUAGAAAAAUCGGAUUCUUACAAACGAAUGAAUUGGAUGAAGCCACCAAAAUACUCGUUCGUUUAGCACAAGCUGAAGUUUUCUCCAAGGAUAUUGCAGCAAUUCGGAAUUAUGGUCAAGUGAAAGAAAACUCCGAACUAAAAUCACUAUUUCCGAUCGUAAUUGACUCAAUCAUGCGGGUUGGUGGACGGCUCAGAAACGCAGCUAUCUCGGAAGAUCGCAAACACCCAAUUAUUCUUCCUGCUAGACACCCACUUACCGAAUGCAUUUUGUUGCAUUAUCACCUCAAAAACUUGCAUGCUGGUCCACAAUUGUUGGUAGCAUGCGUUCGAGAAAGGUACUGGCCACUACGAAUUCGCAAUCUCGCACGGAAAAUUGUACAUAACUGCAUAAAUUGUUACCGCUGUAAGCCACAUAAUCUCGACCAAUUAAUGGGAGACUUACCACCUGAAAGAGUGACACCAACGCUGCCUUUCCUCAACACAGGCGUAGAUCUGUGUGGUCCUUUCUGCUAUCGCAGAAUGCGUAAAACUGCCCCUGUCAAAUGCUAUGUUGCAUUAUUCGUGUGUUUCGUCAUCAAGGCCGUCCAUGUGAAGUUGGUGUACGACCUAUCAACCGCAGCCUUCAUAGCAGCGCUGCAUAGAUUCAUCGCCCGCAGAGGAAAGCCGAAUGUAAUUCUAUGCGAUAAUGCCAAAAAAUUUAAAGGCGCAGCCAGAGAACUGAAAGAACUGUCGAUACAGUUCUACUCGCAACAACAUCAAGCUGAUGUUUCGAAUGUUUGUUCCAACGAAGGAAUUGAUUUUAAAUUCAUACCUCCUCGCAGUCCAAACUUUGGGGGGUUGUGGGAAGCGGCGGUCAAGUCUCUCAAACGUCAUCUUCGAACAACAAUAGGGAAUUCAAUCCUCUCCCAGGACGAGUUCGUCACUUUAUUAGCUCGUAUUGAAGCUUGCCUUAAUUCAAGACCGCUGACCCCGCUCACAACAGACCCCAAUGAUUUGGAAAUACUAACGCCUGGUCAUUUCCUCGUGCAUCGUCCAUUAACUUCGUUUCCCGAGCCUGACCUUUCAGAAGUUCCUCCGAAUCGGCUCGAUCGCUGGCAGCACAAUCAGGAGUUGCUCCGUCGUAUCUGGAAGAGAUGGUUCACCGACUACCUGUCCGGCCUCCAUCCACGCACAAAAUGGACACAGAUCCGGAAUAAUGUCACCGAAGGUACAAUGGUGUUGCUGAAGGAGGAUAACCUGCCUCCUUUAAAGUGGAAGUACGGAAGGAUAACCGACAUUUUUCGCGGUGAUGACAACCAUAUACGCGUCGUUACCGUACGGACAGCAACUGGAGAGUAUCGACGCUCCAUCUCGAAGAUAUGCGUGCUUCCUGUACGUCAACAACACACUGAACCUACGCUCGAAUGA